AUAGUAUAGUCCUCCACCUCGCUCCUCGCAGAAAGGAAUCGAAAAGGAGCAAGAACAAUUGUUUCCUCUCAUGGCACAACUCAUGAGAAGCUGCAUCACAGAAUUUAUAGCCGCUCCUCUCUUGGUUCUUUUGAUCUUGGCUUCAACGUCUCCGUCCUUUCAAGUGCAUGUGAAGGGCGACGAUGGCCGUCAACAUGGAUCGCCGGCGCUUCGGCAGCGACUGGCGGCGGCGACGUGCUUCGAGACCACUGCCGGCUUCUGUUGGGUGAAGCAAUGCCAGAGUUUCUGCGCAUCAAAAGGCUUCAACGCCGCGAGUGCUUUCUGCUAUAAACGGCCUGGUUCUGGCCGUCUUCAUCUCUGGCAGUGCUGCUGCCAACCAUAAGAGUACGUAGUGCAAAACGUACGCAAAUGUAUGCAUCGAUCCAUAUAUGGUUGACAUGCAAUUGUAAACUGAAUAAGGUUUCGCUGUUCUAA